AUGCCUUCAACUGAUUCACUGUCCGAUCCAGAGGAAUAUCAAAAGAUCUUCCACUGGGCUGAAACACAAAAGGAUGGAACCAUCCCUUCCUUCAACACAAGACGUAACGAUCCUUAUGAGUAUCAAGCCGGCUUCGGCAAUGCCUUCGUGUCCGAAGCAGUUCCUGGCACCAUCCCUCAGGGCCAGAACAGUCCUCGCAAUGUGAGGUUUGGCCUCUAUGCAGAGCAAAUGACCGCUACAGCUUUUGUCGCGCCCCGGCACUGCAAUAAGAAGGCGUGGCUGUACCGCGCCCGUCCUGCUGUCGCCCACCAGGGCUUCACCGAAAUGCCCGAUAACAAAGACACCGAGGCAAACUUCUUACCGCUCAACCCGCGCAUUCACGUCUCUCCCACCCAGCUAGCCUGGCACCCUUUCGACAUUCCAGAGAGUGGAGAAGUAGACUUUGUCGCGGGACUGAAGACAGUAGCUGGUUCGGGCGAUCCCACCCUGCGUGAAGGCCUUGCCACGCACGUCUACACGGCAAACUCGAGCAUGAACAAGAAAGCGUUCGUGAACUCUGAUGGUGAAUUUCUGAUCGUCCCUCAGCAAGGUGCACUGGAUAUCCAGACUGAAUUCGGACCAUUAUUUGUGCAACCGGGUGAACUGGUCGUCAUUCAGCGCGGUAUUCGCUUCAGUGUUCAACUGCCCGACGGACCGUCGCGUGGAUAUAUCCUCGAGGUCUGGGGAUCCUCAUUCGAACUUCCUGAACUCGGUCCCCUUGGUGCUAACGGACUCGCGAAUGCAAGGGACUUUUUGAGUCCCGUUGCGAGAUACGAGAUUUCGCAAGAGCCCUGGGAGAUUAUUUAUAAGCUUGGUGGUAAAUACUUCAAGAGUUUGCAGAACCACAGUCCUUAUGAUGUUGUGGCGUGGCAUGGAAACUACGUUCCCUAUAAAUACGAUCUGACCAAGUUUGUCAAUGUUGGCUCGAUCUCUGUUGAUCAUAUUGAUCCGUCGAUCUUCUGCGUUCUCACGGCCAAGUCUCGUGAUCUGAAUGCUCCGUUGGCUGAUUUCCUUACUUUCCAACCUCGUUGGGAUGUUGCAUCUCAUACCUACAGACCCCCAUACUACCAUCGCAAUGCUGCAUCCGAGCUAAUGGGUCUCAUCUACGGCGGCUACGGCGGUCGCUCAGACGCCUUCAAGCCAGGCAGUGUAUCAUUCGAGUGCGGAAUGGUCCCCCAUGGCGUGGCCUAUGAGGAAUUCAAAGAAGCAACCGAGAGCUCCCCACCAGUGAUGCAGAUUUCUGAAGCUUCUAUCGCCUUCAUGUUUGAGUCUUGCCGUCCAUUUACUAUCACCGAUUAUGCCUGGAACAGUGAGAAGAAGCAUGAGCAUGAACCCAAGAUGUGGGAUAGCUUGGUCGAUAAUUUCUCCAAGCAUGCUAAGGAGGUCGAGGAGAUUUGGGCGAAGAAGGCAAAGGGCUUGUCUAUUCAUUGA